ACAGUACCUGAAUGCAGCAUGUAAGACUCACGACGUUUUUGACGGUGGCAUUGUUCAUGGCGGUAGUGUUAUCUUCACUAUUAAAAUCGCCGCUUUGUUUUAACGCGGACAAAAUGCUAUAUAUAUUCGCCUAAUGCUAUAAUCCGUUUUUUUUUUUAAUAAAACGCAUAACGUUAAACAGCUCGACAUUUCAGUUUUACAUUCACGCACGGUGCUAGCAGUAAGCUAGCUAGCUUAGCAGUCUUCAAAAUGAGUUCCACAACGCACGUCAUUCAGGUGACAAAUGUCUCCCCGAGCACAGCAUCCGACCAAAUGAGAACUCUGUUUGGAUUCCUGGGAAACAUUGAAGAGCUCAAACUGUUUCCACCCGAUGACUCUCCCUUGCCUGUGACCUCACGUGUCUGUUUUGUAAAGUUCCUUGAACCUGAGUCAGUGGGAGUUUCACAGCACCUGACGAACACAGUCUUCGUGGACAGAGCCUUGAUUGUCGUCCCUUUUGCUGAAGGAGUCAUUCCUGAUGAAUCUAAAGCUAUGUCGCUGCUGGCUCCAGCCAAUGCUGUUGCAGGAAUGAUGCCUGGAGGCGGCCUUCUGCCAACACCCAAUCCUCUGGCAUCGAUGGGAGCAACACCAUUUGGAGGUCUUGGGGCUCCCAACAUGGAGCAAAUAGCUGCCAUGGGAAUGGCAGGUCCUAACAUGAACCCCCAGGCUCUUUCUGCUGACUUCUUGAAGCUGAUGCAGUCCAUGGACCCCAAAUUAAAUCCGUUAGCGGCCGGCUUGAACUUGAAUCCUGGAUUGAAGGGUGAUGCCUCCAAUAAAGAGAUUGAAGAAGCUAUGAAGAGAGUCCGAGAGGCCCAGUCACUCAUUUCUGCAGCUAUUGAACCAGGAAAUAAGAAAGAUGACAAGCGCAAACAUUCCCGUUCCCAGUCACGGUCACGGCGCAGGAGGUCCAGAUCACGUUCAAAGCACAGACGAUCAAAGAGCAGAUCGCGACGACGGUCGCAUUCGAGGAAUAGGAGGAGGUCUAAGAGCCCCCGAAGGAGGAGAUCCCACUCCAGAGAGAGAGGCCGCCGCAGUAGAUCAAAGGACAGGAGAAAGGAGGAGAAGUCUAAGAAAAGGUCAAAGACACCCCCUAAAAGCUACAGCAGUGCCAGGAGGUCUCGAAGUAUAAGUCGGAGGCGCAGGCGAAGCCGUUCUGUAUCUCGGUCGCCGAAGCGGCGUAUUUCUAGGUCUCCAUCACCCCGACGCCACAAGAAAGACAAGAAGAAGGACAAAGAUCGGGAGAAAGACAGAGAGAGAGACAGGAAGGAGGACAGAGGCCGAAGCAGAGAUGAAAGAGAGCUGUCCACCAGCAAGAAGAAGAAGGAAAAGGAGCGGGAUCGAGACCGCAAGUCUGAUAGUGAGAAAGAUGUGAAGGUAACCAGGGAUUACGACGGAGAACAAGGUUACGACAGUGAAAAGGCAAGAGAGGAGGAUCGGAAGAGGGACUCCGACUCAGCCUCGUCUCCUAAAGCUCGGGAGCAGUCGCAGAGAGGUGAGGGCCAUAUCGCCAAAAAGUCCAAAUUGAACGGAGACGAUCACCACCAGGAAGACAUGGAGAUGAGUGACUGAGAACAUCCUGGGGACUAAGCGUACAGUUUCCUGCUGUCCUUUUAUACUUUUACUACAGGCCACACAGUGUCUCAUCAUUCAGCUUAAAAAACAGGGGCCGGUGUCUUGACUGCUGAGGUGUUUUGGGGGUGAGAACAGCAGUCUGUUUUGUAAGAGAACUGUACUAUAAAUAACAUGAAACUUUGUUUUAAAUUGUCCCUGUACACUGAAAUGUUUUAUUUUUCGUUGCCUUUUUCUUUAUGACGUAAAACACGAGUUUGCUUUGAAGUACUUUUAAAAUAUUUUACGGGGCAGGACUUUUUGUUCCUUCACACUGUCAAAUUUUGAACAUCUUGUUGCAAAACCUUUUUUGCUUUAAUUGUAAUUUACCUGGUUGUGCCCACCGCUGCCCUUUCUGUUUGUGUACACGAGAAUAUGCUUGUCCAAAAUAGUUUUUCCAUAUAAAAACGUAAUAAAAUUGGGUCAGUCUAA